CUUUUCUGCCAAAAGAUUUGACUUGACAUUCUCUCAAAUUUCAAUUUGUGAAAAAGUUUAUUUGGACACAAAAGUUUUAGCUUUAAUCAACCAACUAAUCAUACCUGGAAGAGGUUCUUGGAAAUUUCGUUUCUCCAUAGUACCUCAAGGAAACUUCCUUUUUAAUUGGCUUGUUCUACCAGAUUCUGCACAUAAAUUUGAUUGCCUCCUUAAUCGAAAUUAAUCCGUAAACCGGGCUCGACUCCAUUGACGACAACAAUGAACAGCUCUCCUGGUAUUUACUUUGACAUAGGCAAGAAGGCCAGAGAUGUUCUGUACAAGGAUUAUGCUCAACUAUCACCUCUGCAUUUCCAGUACCAGUGCUUCAAAUACAACUGCAAGCUAUCUUGUCAUGUGGGCGAGGUUCUGCCAGGACUCGGGACACUUUUCAGGGUCAUCAUCCCUGAUUCUGGUAAGGCAGAACUGCGGUAUUUGCAUGAGUAUGCUGGGAUCGCUGCAGGAGUUGGAUUGAAGCCAAAUCCCACCGGAGGUUGUGAUGCUAUUGCAGAUUUCUCCGGCGCGUUGGGCAGUGAUCUUUUCUCAAUUGGGACUAAUAUCUCCUUUGAUAUAUCGACGAGGACAUUCAACAAUCUUGAUACUGGCUUGAGCCUUAACACUGCUUUUCUUACUGCUUCAUUGACACUAGACGACAAGUUCGACACUCUCAAAGCUUCUUGUUACCAUUCAUUUAACCCCUUGAGCAAAACAGCAGUUGCAGCAGAAUUCUGGCAUAGCUUCUCAACCAACACUACGGGGGUUGCACUGGGCACACAGCAUGCACUGUGGCCUUUCACAUUGGUCAAAGCUCGAGUCGAUAGCAGCUGGAAGAUUGGCACUCUUGUUCGCCAAGAAUUGUGGCAGAGGUUCUUUAUAGCCAUUGCUGGAGAGGUUGAUUUCAUGGCCAUAAACAAGCUCUCCAAGCUCGGAUUUUCUGUAGGUUUCAAUCUGUGAAAAAAAUGAAGAGGCAAUGCAGCUUUAUGUUCAGAUCAUAACAGAUUAUGCCCCUGCAGACAUUUAAGAGCGGCCAAAUAAUUUCCCAGUAUAAAUUGAUUAACAAAACAAAACAAAGGGAGGGGUAUAGUUCUACAUCACUUUUAAAAUGUAAAAGUACUUUGAAAAAUCAAGGCAUACAAGGAUAUGAUUCAAGCAAAUAUACCAACUAAUACGGAAAAAAAGGCUUCAUCCAACACAUAUAUGCAACAUAAUUUUGAAAGCUCACAAUAGAUAAAUAUCACCAUCCGGAGGUACUGUGACGCUCCUGUACUUUCAAGUUUUAACAUAGCAUCCAGGGUAAUUUGUACAGAAAUUAUUUUAAAUGGACAUCAACAUUUAACAAGACUUUCCGAUAAGGAACCUCGACAGACAAACAUAGUAUG